AUGAUCUCCACUAGGCUCACCCGCUUGGGUGCGGUGAGCACCAAGUCCCGAGUUCUCCUCGGUUCUCGUGGACUGGCCACCGUGUCUGACUCUGCCCUUGACAAGAAGGUCGAGAUGACCAACUGGGAAAAGGGAAACUACAUCAACUACCAGAAAUUUGCAGAGAACCUCGCCAUCGUUCGUGGCCGUCUUAACCGACCACUUACCUUCGCCGAGAAGAUCAUCUACUCUCACUUGGAUGACCCCCACGGUCAAGAGAUUGAGCGUGGAAAGUCCUACUUGAAGUUGCGGCCUGACCGUGUUGCUUGCCAGGAUGCUACCGCUCAGAUGGCCAUCCUUCAGUUCAUGUCCGCCGGCAUGCCCUCUGUUCAGACCCCCACUACUGUGCACUGUGACCACUUGAUUGAGGCCCAGCUUGGUGGUGACAAGGAUUUGGCUCGCGCCAACGAGAUCAACAAGGAAGUUUACGACUUCCUUGCCUCUGCCUGUGCCAAGUACAACAUUGGUUUCUGGAAGCCAGGUUCUGGUAUCAUUCACCAGAUCAUUUUGGAGAACUAUGCCUUCCCCGGUGGUUUGAUGAUCGGUACUGACUCUCACACUCCUAACGCUGGUGGUCUCGGUAUUGCUGCUAUCGGUGUCGGUGGUGCUGAUGCCGUCGAUGUCAUGGCUGGUCUUCCUUGGGAAUUGAAGGCCCCCAAGGUCAUUGGUGUUAAGCUUACUGGUCAACUUUCUGGCUGGACUGCCCCCAAGGAUAUCAUCUUGAAGGUUGCUGGUCUCCUCACUGUCAAGGGUGGUACUGGUGCCAUCAUUGAAUACCACGGUCCUGGUACCGAGUCCCUUUCUUGCACUGGUAUGGGUACUAUCUGCAACAUGGGUGCUGAAAUUGGUGCCACUACCUCUGUCUUCCCAUUCAACGACCGCAUGUACGACUACCUCAAGGCCACCAAGCGUCAGGAGAUUGGUGACUAUGCUCGCGCGUAUGCUAAGGAGCUCCGUGAGGAUGAGGGUGCCGAGUACGACCAAUUGCUCGAGAUCAACCUUUCUGAGCUCGAGCCCCACAUCAACGGUCCUUUCACCCCCGAUUUGGCCACUCCCAUCUCCAAGUUCAAGGAGGCUGUUGAGACCAACGGCUGGCCUGAGGAGGUCAAGGUUGGUUUGAUCGGUUCUUGCACCAACUCUUCCUACGAGGACAUGUCUCGUGCUGCCUCUAUUGCUCGUGAUGCUUUGAACCACGGCAUCAAGUCCAAGUCUCUCUUCACUGUUACUCCCGGUUCUGAGCAGAUUCGUGCCACCAUUGCCCGUGACGGUCAGCUCCAGACUCUUGAGGAGUUCGGUGGUGUUGUCCUCGCCAACGCCUGCGGUCCUUGUAUCGGACAGUGGGACCGUAAGGACGUCAAGAAGGGUGAGGCUAACUCCAUCGUCUCUUCAUACAACCGUAACUUCACUGGCCGUAAUGACGCCAACCCUGCUACCCACGCUUUCGUCACCUCCCCCGACUUGGUCGUCGCUAUGUCCAUUGCCGGUUCCCUCAAGUUCAACCCUCUUACCGACAAGCUCAAGGACAAGGACGGCAACGAGUUCUUACUCGCUCCCCCCACUGGCGAGGGUCUCCCCGCCAAGGGAUACGAUGCCGGCCGUGACACCUACCAGGCUCCUCCCGCUAACCGCGACUCCAUUGAGGUUGCCGUCUCCCCCACCAGUGACCGUCUCCAGGUUCUUGCUGGCUUCCAGCCUUGGGAUGGAAAGGACGCUGAGGGCAUCCCCAUCUUGAUCAAGACCCAGGGCAAGACCACUACCGAUCACAUCUCUAUGGCCGGUCCAUGGUUGAAGUACCGUGGUCACCUUGACAACAUCUCCAACAACAUGUUGAUCGGUGCCAUCAACGCCGAGAACGGUGAGGCCAACAAGGUCAAGAACGCUGUUACUGGCGAGUACGAUGCUGUCCCUGCUACUGCUCGUGACUACAAGGCUCGUGGAAUCAAGUGGGUUGUUAUUGGUGACUGGAACUACGGUGAGGGCUCUUCUCGUGAGCACGCCGCUCUUGAGCCCCGUCACCUCGGUGGUCUCGCCAUCAUCACCCGUUCCUUCGCCCGUAUCCACGAAACCAACUUGAAGAAGCAGGGUAUGCUUCCUCUUACCUUCUCUGACCCCGCCGACUACGACCGUAUCCCCCCUGAUGCCAAGGUUGACUUGCUCUGCACUGAGCUCGCCGUUGGCCAGCCCAUCACCCUCCGCGUCCACCCCAAGGACGGCCCCUCCUUCGACGUUAAGCUCUCCCACACCUUCAACGAGUCCCAGAUUGAGUGGUUCAAGGACGGAUCUGCCUUGAACACCAUGGCCCGCAAGAGCGGUAACUAA